AUAUAAACUACACUUCACAUUCCAUCUCUACACAUUAAAUCUGUGAAUUAAAUUUGUAGAGGAAUACAAUCAUCAUUCAAUCAUAAAACAAUGAACAAAAAGAAUUCGUCAAAAACAUCAUCUUCACGAAAAUCGUCUAAAUCUGAAUUGACACCAGAACAAAUAAUGAAUCUUAAAACAGAACUUUAUCAAUUGGCUCAAUCGAAUAUUAUUCCUUUACCGAAUGAACCGGAUUUUGCAACAUGUGAUGAUACAUUAACUCGAUUUCUUGUGGCAAGAAAUUAUGUUGUUGAAGAUGCUUUUAAACAAUUGAAAACAGCUGUAGAAUGGCGUCGAGAAUAUCAACCAUUGACAAUUCAAUGUAAAUGGUGUCAUGAAACACCAGGAUUUCAUUCAGUUCGACAAGUUGGGUUCGAUCGUGAAGGUAGACCAUUGAUGUAUGCUUGCUUUGCUCAAUGUCAAACAUUGAAAAAUAAUCCAGACGAUGUUGUUUGCCAUAUGGUUUAUCUUAUUGAACAUGCAAAACGAAGCAUACAAACCUCAGUGAAUACAUUGGUAUUUAUCAUUGAUUGUACAGGUAAGAUUAUAAUGUACUACUUAAAGAUAAUACGAUUUUUUAAAACAACUUCAAUGUAAUGAGAAUCACAAUAAACAUCCUAUUGGUGACAUGUGUUAGUGACUAUCUAGACGAUUGACCAAGUAGAUAACGCGUCGAACAUUUGAAUUGAAAGUUACUGUGUUCAAUGCUAGGGAAGUAAGUGUAUUCAGCUGACGAGUCCUAAAUAGUAAGUUAUUUAUAUUCUGUUAGACACUAUCCAUCUAUUUCAGAAAACCUCUAGAAAUUUUCAAGGUUAUAACCAGUUGAAAAUGUCGUAAUGUUAUGAUCCUUCAAGAUGCUCCUCACAUACGAUAAAACAUCUUCUCUAUCUAUAUUUCUGUUGUUCCAAAUAUAGCUAGCUCUCAAAAGUCUAUCCAAUGAGAUGCUCUGAAGAGCAUAGAAUUACUUAAGAAU